AGCCCAAAGCAGAGAAGAAGGGGAGAAGGGAGCCCGGGAGCCCAAAAAGCCCCGGCAGCCCUAAAUGGGGAGAGCCAAGAGGGGGGAGCUUUUGGGAUUGCUGGGACUCCCAGCAGCCUGGGGAGGGCGGGCACCGAGGAGAAGGGGGACCCCCAAUCCAAGCGUGACCCCCAGCAGCUGGGACAGGGGGGAAGCCCGAACAGCAAAGGGGAGGGAGCAGGGACGGGGAACUCCUGGGAGGCUUUUUCAGGGCUGAAUCUUGGUGUUGGGGAGGCUUUUGUGGAGCCCAGGGGGCCGGGGACUUCUAGGGAUGGACUUGGGCAGAGGGACCUUCAAAGUCAACGUGCUCAUCCCUUGUUUUCCCCAAACCAGGAUUCCCCAUUCCCAGCCCCUGGGAGGCUGCGAGGAAGAGGAAGAUCCUCUCCUUGUCCUUCCUCCCCCAGAGCAGGAGCUGAGGAUGGAGAGCAGGGAGGACAAAUCCCCGCGGCAGAACCUGGUGGAAGAGGCCGUUUUGAGCGGCUCCACGGCGCAGGAACCCAACAGUGAGGAAAAGCCCCACACAAAGAGGGGCUGCAAACGCAGAUCGCGGGGAUCUGAGGAGGAAAGAACCACCCUGGUCCGGGGAGGCGGCCGAAGAUGGAGCCAGAGCUCGGAGCUGGUGGUCCAUGAGCAGCUCCAGGAUGGGGAGAAGAACCACAAGUGCUCAGAAUGUGAGAAGAGCUUCAGGUGGAGCUCUGACCUGAUCAGGCACCAGAGGACCCACACUGGGGAGCGGCCCUACGAGUGUGGGGAGUGUGGGAAGAGCUUCAUGCAGAGAUCCACCCUGAUCGAGCACCAGAGGACCCACACCGGGGAGAGGCCCUACGAGUGUGGGGAGUGUGGGAAGAGCUUCAGCCAGAGCUCCCACCUGAACAGGCACCAGAGGACCCACACCGGGGAGAGGCCCUACGAGUGUUCCAAGUGUGGGAAGAGGUUUCAGACCAGCUCCCGUCUCCUCAAGCACUAUCAGGUUCACACGGAGGAGAGGCCCUUCUGCUGCCCUGACUGCGGGAAGGGAUUCAGGCAGAACUCCCACCUCAUCACCCACCGGCGCAUCCACACCGGGGAGAGGCCCUACGAGUGUCCCCAGUGUGGGAAGAGCUUCAAUUGCCACUCCACCCUGAUCACCCACAAGAGGAUCCACACAGGGGAGAGGCCCCACGAGUGUGCGGAGUGUGGGAAGAGCUUCACCGAGAGAUGCCAACUGAUCAUGCACCAGAGGACCCACACUGGGGAGAGGCCCUACGAGUGUGGGGAGUGUGGGAAGAGCUUCAGUCGGACCUCCAACCUGAUCCAGCACCAGGUGACCCACACUGGGGAGAGGCCCUACGAGUGUUACAAGUGUGGGAAGAGCUUCAGCCACAGAUCCGGCCUGAUCAGGCACCAGAGGACCCACACUGGGGAGAGGCCCUACGAGUGUUCCGAGUGUCGGAAGAGGUUUCAGACCAACUCCAAUCUCCUCAAACACUUUCUGGUUCACACGGAGGAGAGGCCCUUCUGCUGCCCCGACUGCGGGAAGGGAUUCAGGCACAACUCCAACCUCAUCACGCACCGGCGCAUCCACACCGGGGAGAGGCCCCACAAGUGUCCCCAGUGUGGGAAGAGCUUCUCACGGAGCUCUAACUUGACCCAACACCAAUGGAGGCACCAGGAGAAGAACCACAAGUGCUCAGAAUGUGAAAAGAGCUUCACGUACCGCUCCCAGCUGAUCAGACACCAGAGGACCCACACUGGGGAGAGGCCCUACGAGUGUGGGGAGUGUGGGAAGAGCUUCAGGAGGAGCUCCCACCUGAACAGGCACCAGAGGACCCACACUGGGGAGAGGUCCUACGAGUGUGGGAAGUGUGGGAAGAGCUUCAGUUGCCACUCCACCCUGAUCAGCCACAAGAAGACCCACAGAAGGGAACGGCCCUACGAGUGUGGGGAGUGUGCGAAGACAUUCAGAUGGAGCUCCGAACUGAUCAUGCACCAGAGGACCCACACUGGGGAACGGCCCUACGAGUGUUCCAAGUGUGGGAAGAGGUUUCACAGCAGCUCCCAUCUCCUCACGCACUAUUGGGUUCACACGGAGGAGAGGCCCUUCUGCUGCCCCGACUGCGGGAAGGGAUUCAGGAGGAACACCCACCUCAUCAGCCACCAGCGCAUCCACACCGGGGAGAGGCCCCACGAGUGUCCCCAGUGUGGGAAGAGCUUCAAUUGCCACUCCACCCUGAUCAGCCACAAGAGGACCCACUCUGGGGAGAGGCCCCACGAGUGUGGGGAGUGUGGGAAGAGCUUCAGAUGGAGCUCCCAACUGAUCAUGCACCAGAGGUCCCACACUGGGGAGAGGCCCUACGAGUGUGGGGAGUGUGGGAAGAGGUUUCACAUCAGCUCCCAUCUCCUCACGCACUAUCGGGUUCACACAGAGGAGAGGCCCUUCUGCUGCCCCGACUGCGGGAAGGGAUUCAGGCACAACUCUACCCUCAUCAGGCACCGGCGCAUCCACACCCGGGAGAGGCCCUACGAGUGUUCCGAGUGUGGGGAAAGCUUCUCACAGAGCUCUAAAUUGACCCAACACCAACGGAGGCACCGGUAAGGGAAGCCCUGCAAGUGCCCGGAGUGUGAGAAGAGCUAAACUUUAUCCCCCACUGGAGGACCCCCUUUGGGUACAGCCCUGGUGACCCACAUUCCCCGUGAUCCAUGUUGGGAACACCCCUGGCUGCUUGUCCUUUUCUGUUGAGCUUAACUUUUUUCUCUUCUCCAUCUCUCUGCACUCCAAAAACAAUUCGGAUCGAUCUUGCACCUCAAAGCCACUCACAUCCCACUCAAAACAACUGAAUAUUAAUCUAUACAAACACAAUCCCACCUCACAUUGCUUGUUCCCACCUCAAACAAACUCAAUCCCACGCCAAACUCAGUCGAUUCCAGAGCCUCCAGAGUGAGAUGGGGUUGGGAGGAGAUUGGGAGAAGUGGGAUCCCAGUUUGGAGCGGUGGCAUGGGGAAUGUGUGGGGCUGGGUGGCUGGGAUGUAUUUGAUAGCAAAUAAAACUUUCAGACUUACUGA